AAUAUUCUCCUUUAUUUUACAUUAGUGUCAUAUCCUUAUGUUUCGUUGUUACCGCCGCCAUGGUCCUCGGCUGAUGGCAAAAGGCGUUGAUCGUUUGACAGCACACCAUUAUUGCUACAUUGACAUCUCACGUGACAAAAAUACAGUGACGCAAUGUUCGGCACGCGAGAAAAUGAAACAUUGUGGCGUUGGAUAAACAUGGGACUCCGGAAACUGGAACAUGGUGACAUUGCCUCUGAAGUGCACUGUAAUGUUCACUUUUCUGCACUGUUGUCUACUUUAUUUAUUAUAACAUUAAAGUGGUUGGCAGAAUUUUAAAAUGAAUGCAUAAUGUUCUACACAAAUUGUCAUACUUUUCACGAGGCUGGCUAUUAGAGAGCGUUUUCUUCUUAUUAUAUAUCAUCCCCAGAAAUGAGAUGAUAUAAACUUUUAUUUUAAAAAAUGGUGUGCGUGCAAUAUCAAUUUGUCAAGUUGAAAAUCUCGUCUGUUCUCUUAUACACACAACAUAAUGGAAUAUCUCCAUUCAAAUCUUCUGUGCUGUUCCACCUCGUCCCCCCAUAGGUUUGGUUUCGAUGUCCCAGUGAUUCUUCGUAGCUCUGAUGAGACUGAGUCAGUCUUGCCUGUCCCAGAGAAGAGGAUGGUUCAGGUGACCAACCCCUUUGCCCUGGAGAUGGGGACCUCUGGGGUGGCCUCUGUGACUGAGGGUGUGUCCCUGCGUCCAUGCUGCCUGGAGCCCUGUGUGCUGAGCUGUUACUGGGGUUGUGGUGUCCAUGCCCUCCAGGGGGCGCUACAGACCCACCAACAUGGCCCCAGUAGGCUCAGCACACCACAACAGUUCCAGGAAGCCCUGCACUUCCAGUACCACCACUGCCAAAGUUUCCAUAUCAGUGGAGAGAACAGAGAGGAACACUACAGCGAGAUGCCAGCUGAACUGAGGAUCACCGAUUUUGGUCAUUUGCCACGGGAACGUUAUCCCCUGGUGGCUCUCCUCACACUGGCUGAGCCUGAAGCCAGGGACACAUACAACAUUGCCGCCAGUGUCACCGUAGUCCAUGUUCCAGAUGACAAAUACAGCCUGUCGGCACGGAUCCUGUUUCAAUACCUCCUCACGGCACAAGGGAACAUGUAUGAGUUAAAGUCACUCUUUAUGUCAGCUGAGAGCAUGGGGUUGUCAGGGGCGACUGACCCCGCCCCUAGCACAGAGAUACCACCAGAACGACAGGAAAGAGAGCAUGGAAAGGAGGAAGAGAAGACACCAGGAAUGGAAGAUGAAGAGGAGUGGUCACAGGAGGGAAAAGCCAAAGACUGUGUUGUGUGUCAGAAUGCACCUGUUAACCGUGUUCUGCUACCCUGCAGGCACGCCUGUGUGUGUGACGGCUGUGUCCAUCACUUUCAACACUGCCCCAUAUGCAGAGCUUUCGUAUUGGAGUCGUUUGCCCUGUUCCACAAUUCCCCUAUGGGGGAGGAAGAAUGAACUGUGAUGUAGCAGGUCAAUGUCAUUAGAGUAGCUGUAUGGUGGCCAGGAUGUGCAUGAGCAUUAUCACUAUAGGUACUGGUCUAAUACAGAUAUAAUAGUACCGUUUCAUGGGAAUCAGUGUCUAUCAUAGAAUGGAUGUGAUAUGGUUUUACGCCAAAGUCAUCUAUUGGACAUUUCAAACUGUUGUAGGGCUGUGAGCAUAUACAUUUUAUCACGUUGAUAGUUGUGUUGUAAACUAUUCCUUGAUCAGUUUGUAAACAAUGUAUGUAGAUAUGGAAAACCUAUUAUUUGUUUUUAUGUGUAAUGUAUUUUAUUUAUUAUCAAUAUACCAUACAUUAAGUUGUU